CCAGCAGGACUCCACUCACUCUUACAGCGCCCGAUUUUGUCGCUGCAUCACUUCUCAUUCUCCCCGUCGUAGGACCCCGCGUCUCAUAUCGACAUGUCGGACGACUCGGUAGUACCAGUGUUGAUAGUUGGAGCUGGCCCAGCAGGUCUUGUUGUCGCGCUCACAUUGCGCAAGAAUGGCAUACCGGUACGAAUCAUCGAGAAAACACCGAGGGUGCAGGUCGGGCAGCGCGGUGCUGGCAUAAUGCCUCGUUCGCAGGAGGUCUUCAAUCUCCUGGGCGUACUAGAUGACAUACACGCGAAGGCUAUGCCGAUAGUCCCCAUGCGGAUGUACAAAUCUCCGGAGGGCAUCGAACCCUUGUUGACAUUCCAGUUGGAUCCGGCGGUAGCGCCGACCCCCUCCAGGCCCUACAACAACACGUCCAUGUUAGGACAGAACCACACGGAAGAGAUUUUGCGCACUCACCUCGAACGCCAUGGUUGUCAUGUUGAACUGGGCACGACGCUGUACAGUUUCCAGCCAACAGAUGACCACGUCCUGGCACACGUGUUGAGGGAGAAAGGCGAUGGAGAGACCGUCGAGACAAUCAAGUGCCGCUGGUUGAUUGGCACUGACGGAGCCAGAGGUGUCGUCCGGAAACAGCUUGGUCUCGCCUUUGACGGCGAGACGCUAAAAGCGACCCACCAUCUGGUCAUCGGAGACGUACAAAUCAAGGGACUUGACAAGAAACACUGGCACUACUGGGGAGACAUGAGCACUAUUCUCGUCAUGCUUCGCCCGACGGAAGACGACGACAUCUACUUCCUAUCUGUUGGUGGUCAUGUUGACCACGCGAAGAUCGUCGCUGAACGAGCGGGAUUGGAACGGGUCCUCAAAGUCGGUACCGGGCGCAUGGAUAUUGUGUUGGGGAAGAUUCGCUAUGUAACGGAGUACAGGCCUCAUGUACGAAUGGCGGAGACUUUCCGCAAAGGUCGGGUCUUCGUGGCUGGUGAUGCGGCGCACAUCCACAGCCCAUUUGGUGGACAGGGGCUGAACUCAAGCGUGCAGGAUGCAGUGAAUCUCGGGUGGAAGCUCUCCCUCGUAGAGAAAGGCGUCGCUGCCCCCUCCUUGCUCGACUCGUACUCCGAAGAGCGCAUCCCAGUCAUUACUGAGAUGCUGAAGAAAUCAACGGAGCUCUUUGACAACGCAAUGCAAGCCAAGAGCGAUGGGACGAACAGUGAGAAGGCAUGGUACCGCGGCGGCGAGCUGCACAUGUUCGGUGUUAACUGUCGGUGGAGCUCCAUUGUGGUCGACGAACGUACACCGAAAGAGAAAACACCCGUCGAUCCGUACGGUGUGGAAUCGUGUUCCUACACGAACGCCGUAAGAGCGGGCGAUCGUGCCCCUGACGCGCCUGGCCUCGUUGUACUCGAUUCCGCGGAAGACACCGGCAUGCCGCAGGGGACGACGUCGACAUCGCUGUUCAACAUAUUUGGGCCAUCGUAUCACACGGCACUGAUUUUUAGCGACGGGACCGACUCGGACAAGGCCAAGCAGAUCGUUUCGCAACUGAGGGCGUAUCCUCCGGAGCUUGUGCGCAAGGUGCUGGUGUAUCACGACCCAGAUGGUACACCUCCCGUAGUCACCCUGGGCGGUGCUGACAUGUCCGUGGUUGAUCGCUACGGGCACGCACACGGGAGCUAUCAAGUGCGGUGGAAUGAGUUCGUGGCUAUCGUUGUACGGCCAGACGGCGGGAUUGGAGGGAUCAUUCGUAGUACGGAAGGGUUGAAGAGGUAUUUCGACGGUAUCUUCAGUGCAACUUGAAUGUCGGACUCGUUGGCAGAUCGCUAGUGCGUAUAAUGCGUUCCCAAUGGUCAGAUGUCAUAUCUCUACCGUUCUGACGAAUGCCGAAGUGUCAUGUAUGCAUGCGCACGUCUGUGCGUUGCGUUGGCAGUCUUGUCUAGAAACACAAGGCAGUAUUGAGCAUGAACAUACGACGAUAUGAUCCAUAUCAAAGC